AUAUAUGAUGGAUACGGCGUCGUCUUCGAGUCCGGCGGAGUUCGAAUAUCUUUUCAAGUUGUUGAUGAUCGGGGAUUCCGGGGUUGGGAAGAGCACGCUCCUCUUGAGCUUCACUUCCAAUACUUUCGAGGAUCUCUCUCCUACCAUUGGUGUGGACUUUAAGGUGAAACAUAUUACUAGGGGAGGAAAGAAGUUGAAGCUGGCGAUUUGGGACACAGCUGGACAAGAAAGGUUUAGAACUCUAACUAGCUCAUAUUACAGAGGAGCUCAAGGAAUAAUAAUGGUGUAUGAUGUGACAAGACGAGAAACUUUUACAAAUCUGUCUGAUAUAUGGGCUAAGGAAAUUGACUUGUACUCAACCAAUCAAGAUUGCAUCAAGAUGCUUGUUGGCAACAAAGUUGAUAAGGAAGGUGAAAGGGUUGUCAGCAAAAAAGAGGGUAUUGACUUCGCUAGAGAAUAUGGAUGCCUUUUCUUGGAAUGCAGUGCUAAAACUCGAGUCAAUGUGGAGCAAUGCUUUGAGGAGCUUGUAUUAAAGAUUUUGGAGACACCCAGUCUCUUGGCCGAGGGCUCAGCUGGGGUAAAAAGGAACAUCUUCAAACAGAAACCUCCACCAUCUGGUGCUGCCGCUAGUAGCUGUUGCUCUUGGUGAUUGUUCUCUGAUGUUUCUCGCAAACACUCCCCCUCCAAAUAGUAUUUCAUUUUUACCUUUUCCCCUGCUUGAUCUAAAAUAUUCACAUGUAGUUCAAAAGAUAGUAAUGCCCAUAGUGACUUGUAUUCCCUUUUACAGAUCAUGAGUUAUUUUUGUACCCCAUCUCCCAUUUACAACUACAUUCCCAUUCUCUCUGCAGAUCAUGGUUCUUAGUCACUGUUUUCCUCUGAAAUAAGAAGUGUGCCAUUCCAAUA